UCGUGUUGCACCUUCCUCUUCGGGGUGCCUUGCACUUUUUAAAAUUAUGUGACAGAGAGUGAGAGAGCUAUGGAGAUGCUUCAACCAUCUAAGAAAAAUUACGGGAUGUCCAUAAUUUCCUGGGCUAAUUCCAACAGCCAUGUCACUGAAGUAGCACAAAAAUUAUAAAUUUAGCUGUAGUCACUCGUGAAGAUCAAUUACUCCCAUGUAUAACUGGUAGAUCAUAGAUUUUGGCCAUUUACAAAAGCAUAGUGUUCCUCUGUCAUUUUAUUUCUUUCAUCUUCAUGAGACCAAGCUUCUGGAAAUCCGCCUCAGAUCUUCCGUAUCUUCGUCUCUUAGAAAGAUGCUCUAGCAUGCACGAAUUGAAGCAGAUUUACGCCCAUGUCAUCACUCUCGGUCUGGCUCGUUUUACUUACAUCACCAGCAGAGUGUUAUCUUUCUGCGCAGUAUCCGAAACUGGUGAUUUGAGCUAUGCGGAGACCGUGUUCAACAAAAUUGUGGCACCCACCAUCUUUGAUUUCAAUUCCAUGAUAACGGGUUUCUUGAAUCGUUCCGAAUUUGAAAAGGGUCUCUCUGUUUACGCCCAAAUGCGAACCUUAGGCGUGGAGCCGAAUGCUCGCACUCUCACUGUUAUGAUAAAAGCAUUUCUCCGUUUAUCUUCGAUUAAUCAGGUUCAUUGUCAGAUAAUGAAGUUUGGGCAUGGAUCUGAUCUUUAUGCAAUCAGCCUGCUAAUAACCAGGUAUUCGACAUGUGGAGCGAUGGAGCUUGCUCGCCAAGUGUUCAACGAAAGCUCGAACAGAAAUAUAGUUUGUUGGACAGGCCUCAUUAGUGGGUAUUGUAGUAACGGAUUCGUUGAUGAAGCUCGUUGUGUGUUUGAUGCCAUGCCGGAGAGAAACGAUGUUUCUUAUAGUGCAAUGGCAUCUGGGUAUGUUAGAAAUGAUCGUUUCAACGAGGCGAUUGAGUUAUUUCGUGAAUUGAAAAGUUGUGCUGCCGUGAAGCCGAAUAUUUCUCUUUUGGUGAGUGUUCUUGAUGCUUGUGCAGCUGUUGGUGCAUUUGAGGAAGGAAAAUGGAUUCAUUCCUAUAUAGAUGAGAAUGGUUUGGACUAUGAUCUUAAAAUGGGCACUGCACUAAUAGAUUUUUAUGCAAAAUGUGGGUGCAUAAAGACUGCUGAGGAAAUAUUUAACAAGAUGCCAUUGAAAGAUGUAACAGCCUGGAGUUCCAUGAUCUUGGGAUUAGCCAUCAAUGGCAAUAAUGAGAUGGGGCUUGAGCUUUUCCAUGAGAUGGAAACGAGGGGGCCUAGACCGAAUGCUAUUACUUUUAUUGGUGUUUUUACUGCUUGUAAUCACAAAACCUUAGUGAAUGAAGCCUUGCGGUUGCUUGGACGCAUGAGCAAAGUUUAUGGUAUGUUUCCCUUGAUUGAGCACUACGGGUGCAUGGUUGAUCUCUUGUCUCGGACUGGACAAGUGAAAGAGGCAGAGAUAUUAAUAAAUACCAUGCCAAUGGAACCAGAUGGAGCCAUUUGGGGAUCUUUGCUUAAUGGGUGUCUGAUGCAUGGUCAUAUGAAGUUGGGGGAGAGGGUGGGGAAGCUUCUAAUCCAAUUAGAGCCUCAACAUAGCGGAAGUAUAUGGCGGCUGACUGAGGCAAGCAUGGUUGGAUGCAUCUCUAUGCCAGCAAAGCAUUUUUCUUACGCAAGCAAUCAAGAUGAGUGAGGACUGGUCACCGUUAUUUUAACAAAAAGGGGAAAGGAUAUAUGCUUCCAAUAAUAGAGGUGGAAUAUGCUGUAAAUCAUGCAUCUUGAAGAUUUGAAAUCAAUAUCAACUGCUUGAAUUGAAAGGGAGAAUCACAUCAAACAUUACUUUUUCAAAUGAUUGAUCAAUUCUGGGUAGACUGACUGAUGAAAGAUAUUUAAUAUCAUCCUGUCUGGGUUCUCCAUUCAAUGUUAAGGAAUGAAACAUCUCUUCUUUAAUUAGCACACUACCAGGUAAGCUUUUCCAAAGUUUGAAGAUGGGAGAAGAUGCAGCUAGAAAGCCUCAUGCUGUGUGUGUUCCUUAUCCAUCCCAAGGUCAUGUGACCCCUUUGAUGCAGCUGGCGAAGCUUGUGCACUCAAGAGGCUUCCACAUCACGUUUGUGAACACUGAGUUCAACCAUAGGCGCCUGAUCCGAUCUGCAGGACCAGAUUCUGUUAGGGGUUUAGUGGAUUUCCGGUUUGAAGCCAUUCCAGACGGGUUACCUCCAUCAGAUCUUGACGCCACCCAAGAUGUUCCUGCACUUUGUGAUUCGACCAGGAAGAACUGUUUAGCCCCAUUCAGAGACCUAUUAGCUAGGCUAAAUUCAUCAUCGGAUGUGCCUCCUGUUUCAUGCAUAAUUUCAGAUGGAGUCAUGAGCUUUGCCAUACAAGCUGCUGAAGAAUUAGGUAUUCCAGAGGUUCAAUUUUGGACUGCCUCAGCAUGUAGUUUCAUGGGAUAUCUACACUACCGCGAAUUCAUCAGAAGGGGCAUUUUUCCAUUCAAAGGUACAUCUUUUUGUUUUUGGUGGUUUAUAUUUUGAUGAGUAAUUUUUGCAUUAACAGUUGCUUAAUUUACUAGUUGCUAGAAUCCCCUCUCAAUUAUGAGAAGAAAUUAAUGCCUAUGGUGGAUUGGGUAAUUAGAAGGUGCUUGUUGACUAAAUCUUAUCAUAUAAUUCAUUUAAUCUCAUUGAAGAA